CCCGGAAGGACACAAGCUAAGAUCGAAAAAUGCGCUUGUGAAGUAUUUUCAGAAAACUGGGGAGACAACCCUAAAAGUAGAAGACUUUGAUUUUAGAGCUUCUUGUCAGAGGAGAACCCGUUUGAGGACAGAAGACACUAUCCCACAAACACAAGUGGAUAGGAGGAAAACGAGUCCGUAUUUUUCAAGUAAAUACUGUAAAGAAGCUCCCAGCCCACCAAGGAGGAAGACCCUCAGGAAAUGGACUCCACCAAGAUCCCCUUUUAACCUGGUCCAAGAAACGCUUUUUCACGAUCCAUGGAAACUUCUCAUUGCAACCAUAUUUCUCAAUAAAACUUCAGGUAAAAUGGCAAUUCCUGUGCUCUGGGAGUUCCUCAAGAAGUAUCCCUCUCCUGAAGUAACCAGGAACGCAGACUGGAAGGAAAUGUCUGAGCUGCUCAGACCGCUCGGCCUCUAUGAACUCAGGGCAAAAACCAUCAUCAAGUUCUCAGAUGAGUACCUGAGCAAGCAGUGGAGGUACCCCAUUGAGCUGCACGGCAUCGGCAAGUACGGCAAUGACUCCUACAGGAUCUUCUGUGUCAAUGAGUGGAAGGAGGUGCAGCCACAGGACCACAAGUUGAACGUGUACCAUGCAUGGCUGUGUUUUUGGGAGAACCAGGACGGGCUGAGCGUGGGCUGAGUGCAGCC